AUGGUGGCUGUCACUCAGACUGGCCAGGAGGAGUGCGCUGGCCUCUGCAGCGCAGGCCCUUCGCGGGAAUGCCGGUGUCCCCAGCAGCAACGGGGCCCAGCCGACAGAGAACCGGACCCGCACCCGGAAGAGGAGCACAUGAAGGCGGACGCGGAAGCGCUCUUCUGUGCUGGGAGCAGAGGCAUGGUGAGUCCCAAGCCAACCCCGCGCUGCUCGUUGCAGGACCUGCCUCCAGAGCUGCUGGUGGAGAUCUUUGCCUCGGUCCCCGGCACCGACCUGCCCAGCCUGGCGCAGGUCUGCACCAAGUUCCGUUGCCUCCUGAGCCACGACAGCAUCUGGAGGCGGCGCUGCUGGGAGGAGUACAGCCUGGGUGAAAACUUGCAGAACCUGAAGGUCAUGGGUGUGUCUUAUCGGGAAGUCUAUGCAAAGCUGCUCCACCCUUACAGACACAUCUUAGGAUUGUGGCAGCCACAAGUCGGGCCCUUUGGAGGACUGCUAAAUGUAGUGGUGGACGGCUUGUGCAUUAUUGGUUGGAGGUACCUGCCUCCCCAUUACCCGCAUGUGAAUGACCCAAUGCAAAGAAAGCCCUUAUUUAGAAUUCACCUGACAGAGAAGAAAUCGGCCGUGGUGGAGUGCAUGUACGGCCACAGAGGGCCCCACAGCGGCCACAUCCAGAUGCUGAAGGACAAGUUCUCCACCCAGUGCAACCAGAAGGACCACCACAGCAUCUCUGACGGGAUGCAGGAGGAAUUCGGAGAGUGGCUGGGGGAAGAAUGGGAGCGGCCGCUGGAGGACAUUUCCCAGGAGCACUGGGAGCAGUUCAUCCUGAUGAAGUGCAUCUAUAAUCAGUACGACAACUGCCUGACCUACCACCGCAUCUACCUCCCGCCCAGCCACCCAGACGACUUCAUCAGGCCAGGCCUCUUCAAAGGCACCUAUAAUGUCAACGGCAUAGAGAUUGUCAUGCUCAGCUUCCAUGGGAAGUAUGCCAGGGCCACGAAGAUCACGGGUGACCCCAACAUCCCUGCCGGGCAGCAGACGAUAGAGAUCAACCUCAUGCACCGCAUCCAGCUGCCCGUUGUCCAGAACCUCAUCAACUUCAAGGAGCUCUCCCGCAUCGUCCUGGAGGUUCAUGAGCAGGUGAGCCUGGAGCAGCAGCAAGAAGACAGGACUGGGGACAGUGAGGGCCAUAGCUGGCAGAGUCCUGCCCAGCCCAAUGUCGGGCCACCCACUGAAGUCAGGGAGCCCUGGGCUGCAGCUCGGCAGGAACAGCCUGUCCAGUUUGUUCUGCCUUUGGGUGUGAGGUCAUGGGACCAGGAGAACCCCCGAACCUGCAGGAUGUGUUUCUAUGGCGUGGGCCACUUUGCCCUGUACGGCUUUUUCAACCCCCAGCACAUCCCUGGGGUCUUCAUCCUGUUCGAUGAGGACCACUUCGGGUUCAUCUGGCUGGAACUGACCUGCUUCGUCCUAUAUAGCAGAGUCCAGGCCACCUUCCAGAAUGCAGAGGCACCAUCCCCACAGGCCUUUGAGGAGAUGCUCAAGAACAUUCAGUCCCUGACCAGUGGCAGUUAG